ACACUCACUAUUCAUUUCAAUUCCUGAAAACAACUCGUAACUCGUCACUCAGUGACUCACCCAAUGAACGACCGAGUUUACCCCAAAGACUCGCCCCCACUUUACGGCGAGUUUAAAACGAUGCCGUCUCAUGAAGCCACUGUCUCCUCGAAUCCCUCGGCGCCGACGGGAACCUACGUCGUCCAAAUCCCCAAGAACCAAGUCUACCGUCUGCCUCCGCCAGAGAACGCUCGUCUGUACGAAGAGUACACUCGCCGGAAAAAUCGCCCGUUCCGGUGCUGUUGUUGCCUCUGUUGGUUCAUCUCCAUCGUCUUCGCCCUCGUCGUACUCAUCGGCAUCGCCGCCGGCGUUUUAUACUUAAUUUUCCGGCCAAAGGCACCGGAUUACGCCAUCGAAAGCGUUGCUGUCAAGGGAAUGAACCUCACGUCGCCGUCGUUCUCGGCGGCGAUAUCGCCGGAGUUUGACGUCGCUGUUAGGGCCGAUAACGGUAACGCGAAGAUCGGAAUUUAUUACGAGGAGGGAAGCUCCGUCGAAAUGUUCUAUAAUGACGUUAGGCUCUGUGACGGCGCGUUGCCCGUGUUUUAUCAGCCGUCAAAUAACGUGACAGUGUUCGACACGGUAUUAAAGGGUGACGGCAUUGAACUCACGGCGUCGGACCGGGUGGCGUUGGUGAACGCCGUGAUAGAACAGAGCGUGCCGUUUACGUUGAAGCUGAGGGCACCGGUGAGAAUUAAAUUGGGGAUCGUUAAGAUGUGGAAGAUCAACGUUAAAGUUGACUGUGAUGUGACGGUGGAUCAGUUAACUGCGCGGGCUAGGAUUGUUAAAAAGGAUUGUAGUUACGGGGUGGAUCUCUGGGGAUGAUGAAACGCAACGUUCAGAUAUUGGGAGAUGAAACGUAUCAUACACAUAUUUUAAGUCUAGAAUAUUUUAAUUAUUGUAUAUAAGUUUAUAAAAUUUAUUUUUAUUUUUUAUAUUCUGUAUUAAAAAAUUAAAAUACAUCAUUUUCUGAGGUAAAAAUAUUAAAGUAAUAUAAUUACAUUU